AUGAGCACCUGCGACGCCAAAGAGUAUUUGACCAGGAGGGAGAUCCCGCAGCUUUUCGAGAGUUUGUUGAAUGGAUUAAUGUGCUACAAACCUGAUGAUCCAGUUGAAUACCUGGAAGACUGUUUACAAAAAGUGAAGGAGCUGGGAGGAGCAGAAAAAGUAAAAUGGGACACUUUUGUCAGUCCAGAAAAACGUACACUACCUCCUCUUAAUGGCAGCCAGUCGAGAAGAGCAUUUUUCAGAAAUGUGAUGCCAGACAAUCCCAACUUCCCUUAUCGGCGGUAUGACCGACUGCCUCCAAUCCACCAGUUUUCCAUAGAAAGUGACACGGAUCUCUCAGAAACAGCUGAACUUAUUGAGGAAUACAAUGUAUUUGAACCUACAAGACCAAGGCCUAAAAUCAUUCUUGUUAUAGGUGGCCCAGGAAGUGGAAAGGGAACCCAGAGUUUAAAAAUAGCAGAACGCUAUGGAUUUGAGUACAUUUCUGUUGGUGAAUUGUUAAGAAAGAAGAUCCAUGACACAAGUAGUAAUCGGAAGUGGAGCCUGAUUGCUAAGAUAAUUACUACAGGGGAACUAGCCCCACAGGAAACGACCAUUACUGAAAUAAAGCAGAGAUUAAUGCAAAUCCCUGAUGAAGAAGGUAUUGUUAUUGAUGGAUUUCCAAGAGAUGUUGCUCAAGCCCUUUCAUUUGAGGACCAAAUCUGUACUCCAGACUUGGUGGUGUUUCUGUCCUGCUCAAAUCAGCGGCUGAAAGAGCGUCUAAUGAAGCGUGCUGACCAGCAGGGAAGGCCAGAUGAUAAUCUCAAAGCUACACAAAGACGCCUAACAAAUUUCAAGCAGAAUGCUGUACCACUGGUCAAAUAUUUCCAGGAAAGGGGGUUGAUAAUGACUUUUGAUGCUGAUGGAGAUGAGGAAGAAGUAUUUCGUGACAUAAGCAUAGCAGUUGACAACAAAAUUUUUCCCAUUCAAGAAUCUAAGGCAGGUCCAUGUAAGGUUGACCAUCAUCUCAUUGUGGACCCUGGUGACAUUUCUGAUACUGAAUUUGACUUUGAAGACCAGGCAUAUGACCAGUCUAGUGUUUGUGGACCAAAGAAUGCAGGAGAUUUUACAGAAGACCCGAAGAAAUCAAACAUAAUUUUUGUAAUUGGUGGCCCAGGUUCUGGCAAAGGAACACAGUGCAAGAAAAUAGCACAGAGAUAUGGAUUCACACAUCUGUCCACAGAAGUUCUCAUCCAACGUGAAAUGUCAUCAAUAUCAGAAAGAAGUAACAUCAUAAAAGAUAACAUGGAAAGUGGUGAACUUGUACCAGGGGAUAUUAUUUUGGAGCUCUUUAAAGAAGCUGUAGUUGCCAGUAUGGGAGACACAAAAUGGUUCCUGAUUGAUGGUUAUCCCCAAGAACUGAAGCAAGGUGAACAGUUUGGAAGCCAGAUUGGAGAGCCAUCUCUAGUGCUCUGCAUGGAUUGUUCCUCUAAGACAAUGAGCAGUCGCCUUCUGAAAAGAAGUAAAAGUAGCCUUGAAGAUAAUGCUGAAGCCAUAAUGAAGCGCAUUGAGAAUUAUUACCAAUCCAUUGAACCUGUGAUCACAUUCUAUGAAAACAAAAUUCCACUGUUUAAGAUAAAUGCAGAAGGAACACCGGAAGAAGUUUUCCUUGAAACAUGCGCUUCACUUGAUGCUUUUCUGACUAAGGAAGGAACAGCUUCUCCUAAUUCAGCAAACACAGUGUAA